GCUUAUUUUGUAAAGACUUUUAUUUUGAAAGCUCACGCUUUCGUCGCUUUUAUAUGGUAUGUCUUGCCGCUAACUUCACGUAGCUCCCACAAGAGAGGGGCUAAAAUGUCGAUGGAAGAUCCGUUUUUCGUGGUUAAAGGUGAGGUCCAGAAGGCCCUGUCCAAAGCACAGGGGCUGUAUGAACGCUGGGAGGAGCUGCUCCAGGAGGAGACGCCUGUUAGUAGAGAUGAACUGGACUGGAGCACCAAUGAACUGCGUAACUGCCUGAGGGCCAUCGACUGGGACCUGGAGGACCUACAUGAAACCAUCAGUAUUGUGGAGGCAAAUCCUGGCAAGUUUCGUUUAGGCGAACAUGAGCUACAGGAGAGGAAAGACUUUGUGGUGCGAACGCAUAAAUCUGUCCAGAUGAUGAAAGAUCAGCUCGCGAGUCCUUCAGCUGUUGCACAGGCAGAAAGGAAAAACAAACAGGCUCUGCUGGGAACCACGGUGAAGGAUCGCUACGCCGGUCUGGAACCUCAUCUGGUGUCUGGAAACUCCAGAUACAUUCAAGAGCAACAGGAACAGCAGCAGUUGAUCAUACAGGACCAGGAUGAACAUUUAGAGCUGGUGUCCGGCAGUAUUCGUGUCCUAAAGGACAUGUCCAGUAAGAUAGGGGAUGAGCUGGAUGAGCAGUCAGUUAUGCUUGGUGAAUUUAGUGAGGAAAUGGACCAGACCAGUUCUAGAAUGGACUCGGUGUUGAAGAAAAUGGAAAAGGUUUCACACAUGACCAGCAGUCGGAGGCAGUGGUGUGCUAUUGGAGUUCUUGUAAUCAUUCUGAUUGUGGUGCUCAUCCUGUUAUUCGCAAUUUAAACUAGACUUUGUUCCAGUUUGGCCCACUUCAAAUGCCAGAAGCCCCCUGGGCUUGUGGAGGAAGAAAACAAGGACUUGUCCACAUUUGCUUCUGUUUAUCUUUGUGAGAAAGAGAACCGUUAUUUUUUUAUAUUCCUCCCUGACCUUUACAUUUUCAUCUACUGUAUAACCCAAAUAUCUGUUUCUGUCUCUCACAGUUUCUUUCACUGUUUUUGAAUUAGACUCCUUGUUCUCUGCAAGAUGUAGUCCAGAACUUCACAGGUGCUGAGAUGGAAGUUAACAGUUGUUAUAUUUCUCACUUCUUAGAUUUUAUUGUGGUACAAAGCCAAAGUCAAGAUGAGGAAUUUGAUAAUGCGUUGUUUUAAUUUUAUGUUAGAUUUUUUUUUUUUUAAUUUUCAGAUUGUGAUAAAUAUGUAUGCUCUUCGAAGACACAUGCAUAAGUGGUUUGUUUUCUAAACAAAAAGUGGAAACCAUGAAUACAAAAGCACAAGGAAGCCUCCAGAAAUCUAUAUAAGUCACUGGGCGAUUGCUUUUAAUGUAAAAUUCAUACAAAACAUCACGGUAAGACUUUACAAUACAGUUGUUUUAGUAAACAUUAGUAAAUGCAUUAACUAACAUAAACAAUAUAGUUUUUCAGCAUGUAUUCAUUUUUGUUAAUGUUAAUACAACUGUUCAAGUUAGUUAAUUGUUAACAGUUACAAUGCUUGAAUUUAUAAAUGUAUUAGUAAAUGAUGAAAUUAACAUGAACUAAAAUUAAAUGCUAUUGAAACAUUGUUAAUUUAUGUUAGCUAAUGCAUUAACUAAUCGUAUUUUAAAGUGUUACCAAAACGAUAACAGCGAUUUUGAUGAAACAUAUCAUUUUAUAAGUUAUUUAGCUUUAUCAGCAGAGCUGAAUAAGGUUAACUAACUUCCCAGCCAUUUUCCACAGUUUGCCUUUCAUGAAUUUAUCUCUAUUGCAUCACCUCUGCAGUCUUACCAAAUGAUGUCUUGUAGAAAUUUUAUGGUGGAAAAGUUGGCUUGAAUUUUCCUGGAAGUGCUGCAUGCUUACGUAUUUAGGGUGUUACCUGCCUUUUUAAUAAUAAUUUAAUGACAAACCUUUUAAAUUGAAUCUGUAAAGUUUCACAUUGCGUUGGAAAGGUCUAUGGAAUCAUCAGGUUUGAACAGACACACCGCUGGUCCGUUUGACAUGUGGUCUGAGCUUUCAUUACAUGCCACAGGGAUAUUUCAUAAUCAUAACUCCUAAAAUAAUUUUUUGUUGAAUUGUUUUCAAAAAUGAAAUAGCCGUCUAGUAGCCACACUCUUAAAGUUAUUGCACUCUAAAGCAGUUGAGAUACAGUUUAUUUUCUGGUUAUGAGCUAACAGGACUCCACAGUUAUGAUCGGCUGUUAUUUCAUAUUUGAUGUUCAUUGUUUGUUGAAAGAGAUUGGAUGUAAUAAUGUGCCCUGUCUGUCUGUGGGCAUGAUAUCAAGCAUAUCGUACUCAGUUCUUGUGCCAAUGAGUGCCCUCUAAUUGAGAUGUAAGGACACUAUGUGUCUGUGGGGGAAUGUAUGAUGUUUAGGCCCAUCUUAAAUCUUUUGUUUUAUUGUAAAUGAACUGUAAUAAUCCAACUUCAAGAUUAAAUUCACUUCUGUAAGCCUUAAUGACCGUCAAUCACCACUUCAUUCAAAAAGUGGAACGUCGCUUAAACUUAUUUCCUCUUUGGUGCCCGUUUAGGGAAGGGGAUUUGGUACGCAUUUGGUUGUAUUUUGCAAAAGCAAUGAUUGUGAUGUCAUUUCAGUGCUGCCUCAGUUUUAAAUGAUUGAUUUUAAUUCCCUUGUCACUUGUUUUGUAAGCAUUUUCCUAAGAUUGUAUUAUAUUGAAUAUUUUAAAGGGAAUCUAAAGGGGUUCCUGAAUAAAGUAUUUACCUUUGA